UCGGCGUGUAAAAAGCACGCGAGCUACAAGUGACCCUGCUUUCAAAUCUGGUGAAAUUAAUAGUUUCCAGAACAAAUUCUAUCACGAAAUUUCGGAACACUACCGUCAAUUGAAGAGACGACAAAGGCUGCAAUUAAUUUCACAACAAUUCCAAGUCUUUAUACAGUUUCAAGUGAUCCAAGGACUUAUAUAACACCCAGAUAAUGAGUGGAAAAAUAACAAUCAACGGCACCAGCUAUGAAGUUAACCUGGCUUCCCUGCCGGCGGAUAUCUCGCUGAACACCUUUAUCCGCGAGCAUGCCGGGCUCACUGGCACCAAGUUCAUGUGCCAGGAGGGCGGCUGCGGUGUCUGUGUGUGCACCCUGACCGGUUUGCGACCGGAGACCGGAGAACCGCGCACCUGGGCAGUCAACUCCUGCCUCACGCUGCUGAACACCUGCCUGGGUUUGGAGGUGACCACUUCCGAGGGUCUGGGCAACAAGCGGGCCGGGUACCAUGCCAUCCAGGAGCGACUGGCCAAGAUGAACGGCACCCAGUGCGGCUACUGCUCGCCGGGCAUCGUGAUGAACAUGUACGGCCUGCUAAAGUCCAAGGGCGGCAAGGUCACCAUGGCCGAGGUGGAGAACUCCUUUGGUGGCAACAUCUGUCGCUGCACUGGCUAUCGUCCCAUUCUGGAUGCCAUGAAGUCCUUUGCCGUGGACAGCAACAUCAAGGUGCCGGCGGAGUGCAUCGAUAUCGAGGAUCUGAGCACCAAGCAGUGCCCCAAGACGGGACAAACCUGCUCGGGUAGCUGCAAGAAGCAGCAACCGAAGGGCAGUCAGCUGUAUGCCGACGGUAGUCGCUGGAGCUGGCCCGAGAAUCUGGAGGAGCUCUUUACCGCCUUGCAGGGUGCCGUUAAGGAGAAGCUACCCUACAUGCUGGUGGCUGGAAACACGGCCCAUGGAGUCUAUAGGCGUCCGCAGGACAUCAAAGCCUUCAUUGAUGUGUCAGGCCUGAAGGAGCUCAAAGGUUACAGUCUAAACGCCGAAAUGUCUUCCCUUACUCUUGGCGGAAACUUGAGCCUAACCGAGACCAUGGAGAUCUGCCGGCAGUUGGAGAAGACCCGAGGCUUCGAGUAUCUGUCCCAGGUGUGGCAACAUCUCGAUUGGAUCGCCAAUGUCCCAGUGCGCAAUGCCGGCACUCUGGCGGGCAACCUGGCCAUCAAGCACGCCCACCCCGAGUUCCCCUCGGACGUCUUCAUUGUGUUGGAGGCCCUGAAUGCCCAAGUGAUUGUCCAGCAGGCGGUGGACAAACAGGAGACCGUGAGCCUGGCCAGCUAUCUUGGCUCUGCCAGUGAGGGAAAGAUUAUUCGCGGUCUGGUGCUGCCGGCAUAUCCCAAGGAGCGCUUUGCUUUCGAUUCCUACAAGAUUAUGCCCCGCGCCCAGAAUGCCCAUGCCUAUGUGAACGCCGCCUUCCUCCUGGAACUGGAAGCCGACUCCAAGGUGAAGUCUGCCCGUAUUUGCUUCGGCGGCAUCAAUCCAGAGUUCGUGCAUGCCACGGUCAUUGAAAAGUUGAUUCUGGGUAAGAAUCUCUUCGAGAACGGACUGGUGGAGAAGGCCUUCGGACAGCUGUCCGAUUUGCUGCAACCUGAUGCCGUCCUUCCGGAUGCCUCGCCCAUCUAUCGUCGGAAACUGGCCUGCGGCCUCUUCUACAAGUUUCUCUUGAAGACGGCUGCCCAGCGGAAGCAAGGACUGGCCAGUCGCUUUGUGACCGGAGGUUCUCUGCUCCAGCGACCGGUUUCCAGUGGCCAGCAGAACUUUGAGACUUUCCAGGAGCACUACCCGAUAACCAAGGCCACGGAGAAGCACGAGGGAUUGAUCCAGUGCUCCGGUGAAGCCACCUACGUCAACGAUCUGCCCACUCAGCACAACCAGCUGUGGGCGGCUUUCGUGACUGCUAAGAAAGUGGGCGCCAAGGUUACCCAAGUGGACCCUAAGCCGGCCCUGGAUAUUGCCGGAGUGGUGGCCUAUCUGGAUGCCAAGGAUAUUCCCGGAACCAACUACAUUGGACCCAAGGUCAGGGAUGACUUCUUCUUCCCGCAAGACGAGGAGCUCUUCGCCACCGGAGAGAUCAAGUUCUAUGGACAGCCAGUGGGCAUGAUCCUAGCCAAUUCCAACUCGCUGGCCAAUCGGGCAGCAGAGCUGGUGAAGCUUAGCUACGAAGGUGGAGCCAAGGAGCUGCUGCCCAGCAUGAAACACGUGCUGGAGAAGAUCGGUUCCGAGGCUGGCGACAGCAAGCGCCUGGAGCAGAAGAUCAAGUCCACCAUUGACGUUCUUCAGAUGGAGGAACCUUUCGACGUGAGCUCCUCCGGGCAUCUGGACAUGGGCCUGCAGUACCACUACUACAUGGAGCCGCAGACCACGGUGGUGCUGCCCUUCGAAGGCGGAAUGCAAGUUUACGCGGCCACCCAGUGGAUGGAUCUUACGCAGGACGUAGUUGCCAACAUACUUAACGUCAAGAGCAACGAGGUGCAGGUGAAGACCCGCCGCAUAGGAGGAGGAUACGGAGGCAAGGCUACCCGCUGCAACGUGGCCGCCGCCGCUGCCGCUGUGGCUGCCCAUAAGCUAAACCGACCCAUUAGGUUUGUCCAGUCCCUGGAGUCCAUCAUGACCACCCUGGGUAAGCGCUGGGCCUUCCACUGCGACUAUGACUUUUUCGUGCAGAAAUCUGGCAAGAUUUCGGGAAUUGUGAGCCGCUUCUAUGAGGAUGCAGGCUAUCUGUCCAAUGAAUCGCCCAUCGGUCACACUGUGAUGCUGUCCAAGAACUGCUACGAGUUCAGUGACAACUACAAGCUGGACGGCUACCUGGUCUACUCCGACUCGCCGUCCAACACACCGUGCCGUGCUCCUGGCUCCGUCGAAGGUAUUGCCAUGAUGGAGAACAUCAUUGAGCACAUCGCCUUUGAGACCGGCCUGGAUCCGGUGGAUGUGCGUUUUGCCAAUCUGCUUCCCGCCCACAAGAUGGGCGAAAUGAUGCCGCGCUUCCUGCAGAGCACCACGUAUAGGGAACGCAGGGCAGAGAUUAUUGCCCACAACAAGGAGAACCGCUGGCGCAAGCGCGGAUUGGGUCUGUGCAUCAUGGAAUACCAGAUCGGUUACUUUGGACAGUACCCAGCCACGGUGGCUAUUUACCACAGCGAUGGCACCGUGGUGGUCUCCCACGGAGGCAUUGAGAUGGGACAAGGUAUGAACACAAAGAUCUCGCAGGUGGUGGCCCACACCCUGGGCAUUCCGAUGCAGCAGGUGCGCAUCGAGGCGAGCGACACCAUCAAUGGAGCCAACUCCAUGGUCACCGGAGGAGCAGUGGGCAGCGAAACCCUUUGCUUUGCUGUGCGCAAGGCCUGCGAGACCCUCAACCAGCGGUUGGAGCCAGUGCGCGAGGAGGUGAAGCCUCAGGACUGGCAGCAGUUGAUCAAUGAGGCCUACAACCGCAAGAUCAACCUCAUUGCCAGCGAUCAGUGCAAGCAAGGUGACAUGGAUCCCUACUCCGUGUGCGGUCUCUGCCUUACGGAAGUGGAACUUGAUGUGCUCACCGGCAACUACAUUGUGGGACGCGUGGAUAUCCUGGAGGAUACUGGCGAGAGUCUGAACCCCAAUGUGGACAUUGGUCAGAUUGAAGGUGCCUUUAUGAUGGGCCUGGGUUACUGGACCAGCGAGCAGGUGAUUGUGGAUCCUCAGACGGGCGAAUGCCUCACAAAUCGCACCUGGACGUAUAAGCCUCCGGGAGCAAAGGAUAUACCUACGGAUCUGCGCAUUGAACUGCUGCCCAAGAGCCCCAACAAGGCCGGCUUCAUGAGGUCCAAGGCCACUGGUGAGCCCGCCAUCUGUCUGUCCAUCGCGGUGGCCUUCGCCCUGCAGCAGGCCCUGCAAUCGGCUCGCGAUGAUGCCGGCGUGCCCAAGUCCUGGGUGACCCUUACCGCCCCCAUGACCCCUGAGUUGUUGGUCCUACACGCAGGCACUGAGCCCGGCCAGCUCAAGCUGAACUAAGCGAAGGAGGAGGAGGUCUCUCCUUGGCGUGGGACACGGCACGUGGCCGCGAUGGGAACGCUCCGAUAGACAUGCCAAGAUAACCUACACUUACACCCCCACUUAACCUGGCGAAGCGGCAGACCAGAGACUAGCAGACGUGGUGUUGUGUGCACAAUAAAUUAAAAACUUAUCCAACGCUUAA